AUGAUACAAAAGGCAUGCGACGAAGAUAAAAAUGUCGACACUGCAUUCGCCUGGGCCUACUCGCAACUCAAGUUUUUGCCAAUGCCAGAUGCACGGACUAGAGACAAGAAGUCGGGUGUAUCCCGAGCAAAGAAAUGGAACUCCGCGGUAGACAGAUAUAUUGCAAGCAGCUCAGAUUUGCGGCCGAGGUUAGAUAUAGAAUGUGCAGCAAAGAUCGGACAUUCACUCGGUCCUCGUCAUAAGGUGUGUGAGGCACCAGGUUGUGGAAAAGUUGAAGGCAAGGAUUUGAAAGAGGUGUUGGCCUGUUCCGGGUGCAAAAUGACAUAUUAUUGUGGUUGGAAAUGUCAGAAGACUUCUUGGGAAGAACACCGGAAGAUCUGUAAAACCCCUGAGCAGCAAGAGGUUCCACUUCCCUCUCAGCGUGCAAUAGAGGCUUUUGUACUUACUCGUGGUUUUUUUAUGUUUGAGGAAAGAUUGGGUAUCAAGGAUGAAGAAGAGCUUUGGGAGAAGCUGUCGAAAAUGGGUCUCUGCAAAGAUAUCUGA